AGUUUGUAAAAGUCUCUUAAAGCAUCGAAUGUUUAUGAAAAAAUCUUUAAAGGAAUCGGAAGAUCCGUGAAGCUAUGAGUGAAAUUUUAUUAUUCUAAUUCAUUUUCCAUAUAGAAUGGCUUCUAAUAUUCAGUCUUUCCCGCGUAUGCUGAAAAUGCUGCGGGAAAACAGUAAUAUUAAGGAUAAACAUGAAGCUUUAACCUAUAUCCGCAGCAACAGCAAGAAGCUGGAAACAACAAAAGCCAUUAAAGAGGAACAAUACAAAGAAUUAUGUAAAUUAGUUAUCGACGCCUUUGCAAAUGGAAACAUUGAUAUACAGAAUGAAGCAUACGAAACACUAAAUGUUAUUAUUCAAGACUUUAGAGAUCAUUCUUUGAAUUUGUUUGAAACUAUGUGGCAAAUAAGUCACAAAAAUAGAUUAAAAAUUCUUAAAUUAUUAGAAGUAGUUGAGGACAAUGCUAUAUCAACAGUUGCUUAUGAUACGCAUACUGUAAACUUUUUUAAUAAUUGUAUGUGUACAAUAAAAACAAAUACAAUGCCAUGGAUAGCACCAACUGCAUGUAUAGAUAAUAUUCAAGCAUUGAUAAAAGCUGAAAAUAAACCAUUAUCGGAUGACCAAAGAUUAGAAGAAGAAACUAUUAAUUAUUGCAUGAUUUUGUUACGAAGGCUGUACAAGGUGGCUGGAAUAACAUCAGACAGUAAAGUUGAAAGGUUUAAUGCAUUAUUAUUAGACAAAAUAAUGCUAUUAGCUUAUAUGGGUCAUAAGCGACAACGAGGUCCAGCUUUAAAACUUUUGCAACAAGCACUAGCUACAGAUGUAACAUCCCAUAUUCGUACUAAAUUAUCAGACGCAUGGGCUGAAUAUAAAGCAGCAUUGCAGUCUAUGUAUUGCAAACGUAUGUUACUUUUAGUAUCUGCGUGUGAAUUAGAUUGGACUACACAAUGGAAUAUUAGUAUUCAAUUUCUUGGUGUGGAUCUACAUCGUGGUGCUGGUUUAAUAAAUAAUUUACUGAGUGUUGAAGAAAAGGCAUUUAAGUCUAUAGAUACAGUUAUACGCAGACAAGCAUUUCUUUCAUGGAAAUUACUGGUGGAUAACUUUGCUUUGGAUCCGCAGGAACUUGCGACUGCUAGACGGAUAAAGUUAUUGUGUAUUCCACUAAAUGCUAAAAAUAGUAAAAAUGAAUUAAUAGCACUAACAAAAUUAGAAGUCUGGUGGCAUGUAAUUGUCAAACUUUAUAAGGACAUUUGCAAAUUUGUCAAUCCAGUAAUCACACAGUUCUUAAACUUUUGUUUUGGCCCUCUUGGGGAUACACCAUUAUUGUCUUCAAAAUUUGAGAUAGUAGCUUCACCAGGAAAAAGAUUUUACAAGACUAAAAUUAUUGCUGUAGACGCUCUAUGCCAACUUCUUGUCACCAAACAAGAAAAUAAUGCAGUUUUUUCUCCAAUUUUGGAAGAAAGACUUCCUCAUUCUAUGUCUAAUUCAGUUUUCCAAGAAUGUUAUACCAGUGUUAUUCAUAGUGUAGGAGAAGCAUUACUUGUUCUUAGUCAACUUACGGAUGCGGAGAUGAAAAAUAGAUACCAACUUGGCAAAAUAUUGUGGUCAAGUUUAGUUAAUUAUGUACAAGAAUCAAAAGCGGAAACGAAGGAACUGGUAUAUAAGGAUUUAAUAUUAGUUAUCACAGAAUUGACAAAUUAUGCUGCAGAUAAGCCAAUGAUCAGAAACUUAAUUCUUGAUACAAUAAUAUUCGACAUUACUAAGCUUAAUCAACAUUUCAAUUUUGAGGAUAAUAUAUUAUUAGGAUUGGUAUUAAGGUUCUUACAAGUUCCAUUACUAACUGAUGCUAACAAGAUACAUUAUGAAAUAUUGAAGUCUCUGUUUUUCCAAUGCAUUAAAUCUGAAAUAAAAGAUGCAUAUUAUUCGGAUGCAUUUAAAUAUUUGAAAGACAUAUAUGAAAAAUUGUCAACAUUAUUAAGUGCUGAACAGAAAAAUGAGUCUAUAAUUUUUGAAUUGUGGCUAAUUUUAGCAGAAGUAUUAAUACAAUACAUGAAAGAUUUACAGGAUAUUAAUGAAGGAAAUGCUACAGAACAUAAUUUAAAGACUGUUGAAUCUAUUGUAAUAUUUCCAUUUAUGUAUAUGAGUUUAGAGGAUCAUGAACAGGUAGAAGAACUAAUGAAAGUUUGGAAACUCUUAUAUAAACAAUUUGAAAUGCGAGCAGAUCUGAUAAAAACUGUAAAGACUAAUCAAAUUUUAUUAAGUGUUGCAAAUGCUAUGCAAUGUUGUAUAGUGAAAAAUGAGAAAUCUUGUUGUCUUAUUACAAAGAGUUUAGAUACUUUAUUGAGUACUAUCAAUUAUACAUUUUUACUGGCAAAUAUAGAAGUUCCAUCUAUUAUACAGCUUAUUGUACAACUUAUAACUUGUUCUUUAUCUAAUAAAAAUACUACAGACUGUGAAUCUGCCCUCAAAGCUCUCUCCGCAGUACUUAUCACAAUUUAUGGACAUAAUCCUCAAAAAGUAGUGUCAUAUUUGCAAGUGUGUAAACCAGCAAUUGAACUCAUUCUUUUAUCUAGUAUGGAUACAAUAUAUAAAGAAGUAUCAAGUACAUGGGAGACUGUAGUUAAUAUUCUAAAAGGUCUUAAUAAAUUAGUUGAUUAUGUUCUCAUUUUAUCAUACAAGAAAGCUAUUAUUCUAGCUUUGAAUCAUACAAAUCUUGACAUACAGUCUCAAGCAAUAUCGCUGUUUGAUAUUACAAACAUGUUAAGUGGAAAUGCUAAAUCAGUAUUACAAGAAAUAGAAAUGGAAGCGCAUAAAGAUAAAGUAUCAGAUCGAUCUGAUGCUAUAAAAGAAAAUGAUCAUAUUGGAAAAUUACAAGCCCAAGUUAAAAGGGUUGGUAGUUUUUUAAAUAAACGAUCUGUUAGUCCAAAACGUGUAGUUAAAGAAACUGAUAAAAGUAACAAGAAUUUAUUAUCCAAUUCUGAUUCUGAGGAUUACGUUUUCAUCAAGACUGAUGUAAAAUUUGACGUUAGUCGUUUGACUGAACAUCAAAAGGAAUCUUUAAAACGAAGAAGAGACGACAUCCCAGCAUUAUACAAUGACUUGUCACAGUCUAGUUCGCAAGAUACUCAAAAUUUGCAGGAAUGGUUUGAUAGAAAAAAUAAAGCUCUAGAAGAAACAGAAAAAACACAUACAAAGAAAGAUAAUAUUUCAAUGAAAAACGUUUUGAAUCACGAUGCAAAUAAGGAAAAUAAAAUUGAAAUUAAAGAAUCAGAAAUUAUAGAUAAAGCAACUAUUCAGAGUGAUACAAAGUUAGUAGAUCAUGUUGGACAGAACGUGACAGUAGAAUUUGUACAAAACAUAAAAGGUGAUAUAGAAAAUCAUGAAAAUUUCACCAUGAAAGAUGUAAAAGUUGUGGAAGCAGAAUCUUCAUCAAACUGUAUAGCAGAUAAUACAAAUCUUGCCUCGCAAAUUGAAAAUAAGGAUAAUGGUCAAAGAUUAUCCCCCUCGAUAUUAGAUAAUGGUAAACGACGUAAUCGCAGUAGUACCAUUAUACGAUCCAGUAACUCUUCGAAUUUGGAAGAAAUUAAUAAUCAACCAGAACAAUCUACAAGUACACGAGCUGUGGAAAGGAAAUUAAGAACAAAAGUAAUUCAACAUAAGUCUAAAAUGCUUAAUAAACAAGGACUUCCAAGUAAUGUGCAUACUAAAUCAUUUGACAUGGAAAAAAGGGGCAUCAAACGAAAAUCAACUUCAGAUAGUGAAAGUGAAAGUACCACUCAACGUAGACGAAGGAAAACUAUGCCAUCGGAAACUGCUACUGAUAGUGACAGCUCUAAAUCUACAGAAAGUGAUAAUAUAGCAAUGUAUAUGGAAGGACUAAUCGACGAUGGGAAUCUGAGUCAACGAACUAGGAAUGAAAUAUCUCGUUUACGUAUAAACAUGAUAUUUGAUAGUCCUUUACCAAAUAGUCGUCGUUCUAAGGGUCAUGACGAUCAUAUUAAAGAAGGUGUUGCUAAGAAGCAGUCUCCUGAAAGUAAAGGCACUAAGCCGAAGUUCAUAGACAUAAAAACUGGUGAUUCUUUGAGAAAAACUCAAAGAAAUACUAACAAAGAUUUAAUUAAGACCCAACACGUAAGCAGACGUGGCAGACCAAAGGUAUACUCGAGUACACUGAAGUUGGGGUUAACUGUAGACAGACAUCAUGAUGUUACAGAAUCUGAAAACACGAAGAAAACUUUGCAAACUAAGACGAAUGAGGCAGAAGAAGAGCAGAAAUUGGAGGAAGAGAACCAAGCAGGAAAUAAUAUACGGACAGAUGUUUCAAGGACUGGAGUAACAGAUAUUGAAUGCGAUAAAAAUGGUGAAUGUAAUAGUGAAGUAGGAAAUAAGGAUUUGGAUUCUGAUGGGAAUAUUGAAACGACUCAAGAUGCUAAAUCUGUUGAACAAUUAACGCAGACUCGGGAUGACACACAAGAUAUAAUAGAAAAUUCUCAGGAAUUGUCUGAAUUACAAAAGAAGUGUAAUGAAAAGCAGUGUUUCAUUAAAAUUAAUAAAAUUGGUGAGUUAUGUAAUUCGAUGAAAUUUCAAGACGUUAUGGUCGAAGAUGAAGAGAUAGCAGAUACUGCUUCAAAUAGCUGUGAUAACGACCAUAAUGAAGUUUCUAAGGAUGAUGCUAAGGAAUCUGAGAAAAUCAGUGAAGUUGACACCAAUAAGCCAAAGAUAUUAACUCCAACUGCCGAAAACAAUUCGUGUGAUAAUGUCGAAGUACCAAAAAUAAAUGAGGGAUCGUUGAUGAAAUCUGUUAUCGGGUUUUUGUCACCAAAAAGUAAUACCAAACGUCUCAAAUUUAAAUCUUAUUCGGCACAAGGUCGCGCAGCCCACAUGUUAGGAUUAGUAACAAAACAAGCAAGAAUGGAAACUGAAGGUAACAUUAUAAAUAUAGAUGAUGAAGCUGCAACUAAAAAAGUAAAGCUUAAAGAUGUAGAGAGUGAAACAGUUUUUGGAAAAAAGGAAAGAGGAUCUACAUUUAAGGAAGCUGAUAAAGUAACUGCAACGUGUAGUAGUCGGCAAGAGAAAAUCUUCAAUAAUAUGAGAUCAUCUGAUUACUGCUCAUCUCCCCCAAUAAAAUUAUUUUCUAAUUUGAAAAAUGACGGUGAAAAAUUUGUUUCGAAAGUAGACAAAUCAGUGGAUUCUGUAUCGAUUCAAACUGACAUUCAAAGUGAAAAAGUGAUGGAAGAAACUUCGAUUGAAAUGGAUGAAUUGCCAAUUUUGGAGUGGUCAAGUGCAAAUCCACCUUCAUUAACUGCAUCUCCCAGCUGCAGUAUUCUUAAACGCCAACGUCAGUCUCCACCAGUAAUUGAACCAGAGUGUACAACUCCUAAGAGAAAACGAGUAAGUUUCGCGGAUCCUCCAGUUUCAAUGGAAAUGGGAUAUGAAACUGGAACUAGUGAUUCUCCACACAGAGUUAAUAAAUUAACCUCACGUGGAUUGCUAGGUCGUAAAGAUUCACCAUUAAGAAUGAAGCAGUUCAAACAGAGGUUAAUACACAUUGAAAUAGGGAAGAUGGAAUGCGACGAAGAAAUAGAUACGACAAAUACAUCUGAAGUUGAUUUACAGUGUGUAAGAGAAAAUGAAUUAUUAACAAAAAUAGCUGACGAAUUAGAAUACUCAGAGAACAUUGCAAUAGAUGCCGACAAUACUCAAAUACCAAGUAGUUCUGCUGAAAAUGACUCGACAGAUUUGAUUACUGCAGAAGAAGACGCGCGUAAUAAGAUUAAAAUGGAUAAUUUAAGUGUCGAAUUAGAAAUUACGCAGAAUACAAGAUUUUCGAAACAUUUAGAAGAACCAUGCGAAAAUAAAGAAGUCAGUACUACGGACAUAGCCAGAAAACCUAUUCCUGAGACAAGUAAUACAAAGUCUGUUAAUACUAAUACGGAUGAAGAUAUAUUUAACGUAAUAGGUACAAAGAAUGGUAUUGUAAAUGACAUAGAAACUAACAAUAAUACUAACACAAAUGACGAACACAAUAUUUCUGUCGAAAACAAUUCGGUAGAAUUUAGUACGACGAAUGAUUCCAUCACACGUCAUUUGUUUAAAAGCAGUAUAAAUUCUGAAAAUUUGGAGGACACGGUAGAUGCAGGAAAUCUCUCUGGUCUAAAUUCUACAGCAAAUUCGGACGAAAUAUUCUGUGGGAAAUUCAUGCGAACUAGCACACAAGGAGUAGAUAGCGCGGAAGAACAAGAUACUUUACCAGUUACGGACUCAGUGUUUGGAAGUUUACCGCUAAGCCAGGACAGUCAAAAUACAAGCGAGUUCGAUAUAGAAAUUCCACAUCCGGAAUUAUUGGAUUCUACACUACCCCUAUAUCCUUCCUUAAUUUCAUGUUCAGAACCUGUACAGUGUAUUAUUGACAAGUUAACGUAUCCUCCGUGGGUGCAAUAUUUAUCUACAUAUUUUGCGAGUAGGAAACUCGAAACUGUUGGUGAUCUAGCGCGAUUAUCUGAACGUGAAAUAAACAGAAUUCCCGUGAAAGGUAAUUCGAAAAUUGAAUGUGUGAAAAGUGUUCUGAAAUGUUUCGAAAAGACACAUGUUACGACAGAAACGAACGAUGUAACGGAAUACUUGAAUAAUGCUGUGAAUAGUAAAGCACUUAUCUCUGUAAAUAUGGACGUAUCCGCAUCUGAAACGAUAUCUCAAGAUCAAUUAUCAAAGAAGAGUUCUGAAACGAUACCAAAUGAAGAUACAAGCCAUACAACUGACGAUGUUGAUAUAACUGAGAAUAAAACGACUGAAACAUCUAAAAAUGCAGCGCAGUUCGGUUUAGAUGAAACUUCAAACUUACCUGCACUAGACAGUUCACCAACAUUUCCACGAACGGAAGCAACAAUCGCAUCAUCUGCUCCUGUUUCAGUUUCAGAAUCAUUAAAUACAAUACAAACGUUGAACGAACCAGUAUCAUCUACACUAGAUGUUGUUACAUCAGAAGUUGAUGUUGGGUGUUCUCAUGCUUCUAAAACACGCGCAGUUUCUGUAUUAAAUGCAUCAAAGACUGUUGCUAGUUGCACUAAUCGUGACUCUAUUUAUUUACCAAAACCUACGGUAAGAAAAUCUACAAAAUCCGUCGAAGCGCAAAUGGCUUUAGAAGAUCUUCUGGAUGAAAUAGAUGUUAACUUGGUAUUGGAAAGCGCGGUUAGAAGAUGUACACCAGAGAAAAUUCUUUUGCAGUAUAAGAACAAAAUGAGGCAUGUGCCACAACUGGAGUUGGAGAGGGAAACCAUAAGAAUGCUUGGUUCUGAAAACAGAAAGAACUGCAAUGAGACAACGUUGAAAACCGCUUGCCGCGCCUGUGGAAUUAAUAAAGUAUUACUACGACUUCCUGAUAUUUUUAGUGCUGAAAAACAGUUUUUCGUUAAAGUACUAAAUGCUUACCGGCAAAAGAUAAAAACCAGUGAUUGUUUGAACAUUCUCGAUUUCACUGAAGUUAAGGAUACUGUUUGCCAGAAAUGUACAUCUUCAGAGCUCGCUGAGAUGUUGUCGGAGAAACUGAAAGAAGAAGAACAGAAAGGAAUAAAGAAGCCAAUGACAGAACUGUCUAGUUUGGAUGCUAUGCUGAAAAGAAUGCCAAUGGAUGCAAUUAUUAGUCAUACAGUGGCAAACGAUGAACUUAUUCCAUCGCGUGUUGUUUUAGACAUAGCCUUACAAAAUAAUAACCCUAGUGACAUAGCACAGGCCUUGGAAUCUCAAUCCGCUGUUGUCACAAAAAACAUUUUCGAUAAACUUUGGUCUUCCCAAUUUGCAGUUGAGCACAUCGACCGAUCCAAUAAAUCUAAGGAAGAUUUGUUCAAAAUCUUUAAAGCUGUUUCUUCCAAAUUGAGUCAACAAGAACUUCUGGAAGCAUUUUACGAAAAUAUGAAUGCUAAGAUAACGGCAACAGAAGAGAAACAGUAAAACUUACAUGUCAUGACAGAUCGAUCUGAU